UGCUGGUAGCAAGGAUAAGUGGACCCUCUCUAUCUUCUUUUGCUUCCUCUUGGACUUCAUGUCCUUCCUACAUUCUAUACCAUGAACACCAUAUUCUGAUGGAACUCAAGAAAAAAUGUCUUGCAGUUUUCUUUUCCCAUCAAAUACCUCUCUACUAACCACUACAAAAUCCAUAAACUCCCCUACCUCAUUUCCUCCUCACCUUUUGUCUAAUUCAUCCCGAUAUAUUACCUUCAAUAAAAGAGACUUUGAAUUACCAAUAUCGGUGACUUCUCCUUCAGUUGCCUACCCACAACCUCCCUUCAAUGUUAAGUACUUGGAGAGUGAAUUUGGAAGCCAUGGAGUAUCUUUUGCCGAGCUUGGACAAAGCAGCUAUGUUGUCAGGAUGCUCUUGGAGAAUGGGAGUGCAGCCAGUAUUUUGAUGCCUAGUGGUCUGAUCACAUCCUAUAAGCCUAAGAUGUGGCAUGGAAGCUCCAUUGAGGUUUUGCAUACCUCUGUUUCAGAACGAGGAACUAUGUAUGGAGAUGGCGGUGGUGGUCCUGUCAUUCAAGGUGGUGUUUCUUUGGCCUUGAAUUUUGUUGGUGAGAAUGGGUUUUCAUGGUCUCCUGUUAGUUGGGUUCUGACUGAUGUUAAAGGGAACUCCCAAGAUUCUAUUCAGGUAGAAAUGAUAAGCAGAGAUAUUGGAAACAUGGUUGAAGUAAAAUACAGCAUAACUCUGAAAGAUGAUACCUUGAGUUCAGAGGUCAGUGUUUCAAACUCGAGGUCUUCACAACUCGAGUUAAGAGGUUCUAUUCUAAGCCAUCUGACUCUGAGCUCACCAGAUGCCACUUAUGCAAUUGGAUUAGAGGGAUCAAAUUAUGUCAACAAGCUACCUACCAUCUCAGACUUCUUCAUAAUGCCUCCAAACAUGGCAAAGAACAAAAAGACUAGUCAGUCAUGGCCUCUAUCAUCCCUCAAAGAGUGGUUUGGUGCAAAAUCCGACGAUACAGAAAUAAACGAGCAAACAGAAGGUGAAGAAAAAGAUAAUUAUAAGCAUUUAUCUGGAAAAAUGAGCAGGAUAUACACAUGUGCACCUCGAAACUUCACAAUAAUAGACAGGGGUAAAAGAAAUUCAGUCAUUGUUGGAAGGAGGGGCUUUGGAGAAUUAUACAUGUACAGUCCAGGGUCAAGCCAUGAACUCUACGGCAAGUAUGCAUACUUAUGUGUUGGACAAUCAGCUUUGCUCAAACCUAUAACUUUAGAUCCUGAACAAUCGUGGAUAGGCGAGCAGCGCUUACAUAAUCCAAAUCUUUAAAUUCCAUAGUUAACACUUCCAUCUUGUAAAAAGAACCCAUCAUACAAAAUGCAUCAACUAAAUGAAUUGAGUCUGGCUUUGUUGUGUUGA